AUGGUGGUGCUUAGAGAAUCUGGAGAUAAAGAUGCUGAUGAGGUUGUCACAUUUAAGUUUUUCCAUGGAGGUAAACUAGUGAAAAAUAGAAAGGACAGUCAGUGGUCUUAUUUAGGUGGUGAAGUCAGUUGGUUUGAUUACUGUGAGGUUGACUAUAUGUCCAUGUUAGAGCUAUUUGGAAUGGCUAAAGAUUUGGGAUAUGACGAUGGGUAUGAUGUGAGUUUUUAUGGUGAAGAGUUUGGAACUAGUAGACUCAUUCAAAUAAUAUCUGAUAGUACACUUUUAGCUUGUAUGAGCAUGGUACCUAAAAGCAAUAGCAGGGUCGUAGUUUUGUACUUGAAGGUAGUGAGCUUAACUUCAAGCCAAGUGGGGAAUGAUAGCAGUGAUAAAGAAUAUUCUUGUUCUGAGAAUGAUGAUAGCAGUGAUCCAGACUUUGAAGACAGUGACUAUGCACAGAGUGAUGAAGAGAUUGAAUUAUUGAAGAAUGAUGAUAAGUGGUUUGAAGGUUAUGUGGAUCAUAGUAUUUUUGACAAUGAUCCUAAUGCAGAGCAAAAUGAUGAGUCAGACAAUGGAGAAGAGUCACCUACACUUACCUGCCCAAAUAGUUCACAAAGUGAAGAUGAUGCAGUGGGUGAAGUAAGAAGGAAGAAGAAUAGGAUGCCAAAAGGUGAAGAUUUCAGACCUGAAAUUGAUAUGGGAAGCCCAAGUUUCAAAAUAGGUUUAAGGUUUGCAACUGCCGAGUUGUUUAGAAAAGCUGUGAGGAUAUACUCCAUUAAUUGUGGAAGGGAGUUGAUUUUUAUGAAUAAUGACCGUAACAAAAUAAGAGCAGUAUGUGAAGAGGGCUGUCCUUUUGUUAUCCAUGCUUCAAGUGUUAGUGGUAGCACUUACCUGCAGGUGAAAACCUUUAAUCCUACACAUGUUUGUAGCAAGGGGACUAAAAAUAUACAUGCUACUGCUGGCUGGUUGGCUGAAAGAUAUUCUGGGCAGUUAAGGCUCAAUCCAAAUUGGACUGCUUCUUCUUUUGUAGAGCAAGUUCACCAAGACUAUGGUUACAGACCAUCUAGAGCAACUGUGUACAGAGCAAGAGCCAUGGCAGUUUGA